UGGGAGCCUGGUGGGGUAGCUGAUGUGGGAAUGGAGAUGGGGCAGUCUGGCUGGGGGAUGCUCGUCCUGGGGCUAGAACCACAAUCUCGGGGCUGCCAGCCUGGGUCUGGCCUGGCUCUGUGCCCAGGGCUCGGUGGUUUCCGCUCACAGAUGUACCAACAGCCCCAGCGAGAGGGCAGGAAGGGAGUCCAACGAGGAAGAUGGGCUGCUCCCCUCGGCCCAAACCUCGCCGGUGUCCUGCCGGGCAGAGGGCUCCUGGACCAUGGCUGGCCGGAGGCCUCCAGACGCCUGGCCCUCGGUCCCUGCCUCCUGCCCUGGGAACAGCCCCCUGACGAUGGCACAGCACCCCUGCUCCCCACUCGCCCCAAGAAGCCUGAGCUGCGGUUUGCAUCAUCCUUGGGCGUGGGGCUGACCUCGAAGAACGAAUUCGAAGAAAACAGGAGGAGGAGCGGGCAUGCCCAUUGGCCGCCCGUGGAAACUUUGGUUUUUGGGGUCAUGUUCCCAGAAGGCCUGCCCUCCCCCCUCCCCACCCACCUCACGAGGUGUUGGCCAAUCGCCCCAGCGGGCAUAAAGUGGCUGCCAGCCCGCGGGACUCCCAGCUUGGAGGUAUCACCCCCAGCAGGCACGGGCCAGAGCGCGGGCACCCAGCAUGCGGGCACCCAGCAUGCGGGCACAGCGCACACGGAGGCCGCUGCUCAGUCUGGCCCUCGGACUCCUGCUCCUGAGCCCGGCGGCAGAGGCGGCAGUGGCCAUGCGCAGAUGCUCCAGCUCUUACACGCAGCUCCUCGGCCAGCUCCGGAGCCUGGCGCACCUCAUGAAGGACACCAGCUGCCUCCUGGAGCCCUAUAUCCGCCUCCAAGGCCUGGACACACCUGUCCUGAGAGGGUUCUGCACGGAGUGCUCCGGGGCCUUCCCGAGUGAGGACGCCCUGGCGGCGCUGAGCAGGCUCGCCUUCCUGCAGACUGUCAGCGCCACGCUGGACGGCGUCCUGCAGAGACUUGCUGUUUUACAGCAGAAGUGCUUGAAGGCCAAGGACUUGCCAGAGUUCCAUGUGGCCAGGAAGAACAUCCAGGGCGUCAGGAACAACAUCUACUGCAUGUCAGAACUGCUCACCAACGGCUCAGAGACGCCUGAGGCCCCGCUGCCUGGCACAGAGGCUCCACUGAGGCCCUCUGCCCAGGACACCUUCCAAGCCAAGGUGGAGGGCUGUCAGCUCCUAUGUGGCUACCACCGCUUCAUGGGCUCUGUGGAGCAAGUCUUCGAGAAGUGGGGAGACAGCCCGAGUCGUAACCGGAGACACAGCCCCCGCCGGGCCCUGCACAAGGGUGCACGCAGGGCCAGGCCCUCCAGAAGGGUCAAGAAGCCUGUGCCCAGGGGGCAGCUGUCCCGGUAGUCUGAACAGCACUCCUGCAGGUGAAGAACCCAGCAGGUGCUCUAGGGAUGCGAGGAGCAGGUGGAGGAUGCUGUGUCCCCUCCUGGGUUCCCAAACCUGCUCCCUCUGCCCCCUACCGCUCAGAAGUGCACUUUAAAAAGUGGAGCUGCUAGGGCCCUUUCUACCUCUGCUGGGCUUCGGGGAGAGCCAGGCUGCCGUGCCCCCAGCCCGAGUUUCCCAGUCCUGGAGGGGUAGCCAGGUCAGGCCAUGAGGGGCCGACUUUCCAUUGAUUCAGGGGUCUGAUGACACAAGCUGACUCAUGGCUGGGCUGACUGCCCCCUCAGACUCCCCAGAGGCCCUUCCCUCUCAUGACUUGUGGGGCUCUUGCCCCCAGACUUCCUCCUUUCUGUGGUGGCAGGGCUCCAAGGGGAGGUCAGGGCCUGAGCUGGCCUCCUAUGCCUCAUCGCCACGCAGGCUAGACACCUGGACAUCUGGGUGACCUCACUUUAGGCAGCUAUGGCAGAGGCAGUGUGUUCUAGAAGGACCACUGAUCUGGGGGUCUAGAGGAAUAAGGCUCAGGUCCCGACUCUGUCCCUAAUUUGCUGAGUGACCUCAGGCAGAUCACUUUACCUCUCUGGACCUCAGUUUUCUCUUUGGGAAGCCAGGAAUUCAGAUACUGUGUUAAGGCUCCCUCUGCCUGGCAGUUUCUGGGACUCUGUGAUAUAAGUUGGACAUCAAAUUCUCUGAAAGUUGGGACACACAGUGCAAGUAGCCUUGGGGUGGGUGCAUGCAGGGAAUUUUCUCUGUAGGAGAUCCCCCCAGCCCCCGGGGCACACCGGUCUUGGUUCUGCACAGCUGGCUGCUCCCUCUGGCGGUGGACCGUGGAAUUUUCUCAUGCUGAAACCGGCCUUCCUGAGGGAGUCCCAGAAGUCACUGGGCGGAUUCCUUGGAGCGGCGUGACUAAUUUAUUGAUUUUUUUUUUUAUCAGUUUGUAAUCAGUUUCAUAUUUAUAAGGCUUAUUUAUAAUGUAUAUUUAAUGUUAAUAAUAUUGUGCUAACAUAUUUAAA